AUGAAAGCUCCUGAAUUUCCCGGGCCGAGAAUUAGAACCAUCUGUGUUUUGAAACACAGAUGGUUUCGACGCUUGAUGGUCGUGGCAGGUGGCAGGUGGUAGGCAGCGGAAGCACACCAAACUACUUGAGUGAGCGAGUAAUUUGAUGAGGCGUGUGGAAUCGACGAUAUCUUCGCCAGGCUGAUUCCCGUGUGUGGUGGCAGAGGCAAUCUCUUACAAAACGAGAAAAUGUUUUGGGGCUCAGGAAUUGGUGCCAGGAUCACACGGAUUGAAAAUGAAGGCAAGAGGUGUAGAUGCUGGAAGAUUCUAACCAUCCGGCCAACUCGGGAGUAGUAGAUGUUAUCAUGUGGGGCAGAUAGGAAGAGUAGAUGAUGAGAUGUAAUGGGCAAGAUACUGGGCAGCGGUGGAUUCUUAAUGGUGCGCCAAGGCAUGAACUAGUAGAUGGGGCGAUUGUGGCCACAAAAUUUUCGAAGAAACAUGGCAUGGGAAUGGGCUUCGGGCCAAAUGCCUCCACCAACAGUUUGCUUGUGGUGGAGGAGGUGUUGGAGUAAAAUGGAAACAAGAAACGACCGCCAGCACAACAGAGGUGCCCUUCUCGGGUGCUCUCCUUGCCAACGAGAGAUCAUUGUUACGAAACGAUUUGUCGACGAUUCGUCUCAGAAAGGAUACUCCAAAGCAGGAGCUGCUGAAGUCAUUCGUCAAAUUGCUAGUGGCCUCGCCAGUCUGCACCAAGCUCAAAUGAAAUUUCCACAGUGAAAUGAAACCUGUUUCUUGCUCCUGCUCAGGCUUCACCUUUGAACAUCAUGGGCUUUGGACUCAGCCGCAUAGACGGAGUCACGAGUCCAGUCGUUGGGAUAUUUCGAUCCAUCUACUACGUUGCUCCAGAAGCCCUUCUGCCGGAAGCCGUGCUAUCAGCUAGCGAUAUGUGGUCACUGGGGGUCAUCUUGUACAUUCUCCUCCGAGGGCAAGUUGUUUCCAAGCUCCUAUAGCUUGCCGCUGCUUGUGGACAUUUGGGGCCGUCAUACAAAUACCUCCAGCACAAACAAUUCAAUUCCGAUAUCUGCAAAUUUUUGUGCCCGAGCAGGGGCCGCUGCUGUUUGACUGGACAUGGCAACCUUCCAACAUUUCUGUCUGCAGGGACGUAGGAAGCAUGCUAUUAGCAGUGCUGUAGGAUCCACGAGACGAUGGGGUCGAGGAUACCUGCGCUGAAGUGCAGUAAUUCCCUUUUCCAUGCAAGAACAAACAGAGAAAAGCAGAACCUGAUCCUCUCGAGCUGGAAGCCCUAUGUGAAUCCGAGUCUGUUGUGAAAGCGUACGGUUUGCCACGAUGAUUGUGGCAUUUUCUUGCGAUUCUGGCUUGAGAUGGAUUUGCAAGUAUCUUCAGUAGCAAGGUCCUCCUUCGGACUAGAAAGCUGAAGACGCUUGUCGGCUCGAAUAAAAUAUCAGCGAAGAAGAUCUUGGAAAGCUUCAAACACAUUUCAGAGACAUCUUAGUCCCUGUAGCACUUUCUCUUCAGUACAAAAACACUUCUUAUGCGCACUUGACGGAAAUUUUUUUGUUCUCAAAGCCUCCUCCUUCAAAAUUCAGUUCCGCAUAUCGAGUUUUGUUCACGAGAGGUGUUCCUCUCACUGUCUACUUCUAUGACUGAAACCCCUCUCUCCUUUGAAGCUCUAAAGCUCUAUGGGGAGAGACUAGAGGAGAUGCGUAGGAGGUUUCUUGGGGGUGCGACCAGACUUAUUGAGCUUCCUGUUUGAGUGGAAGCUCAAUUGUAAAAUGUCCGUCUUCUGAGAGACUGCGUCACGCGUCAGUCCAUUUCGAGGCAUUACAGGGUUACAAAGUCUGCAGAGGGCUACCCAUUGACAAGUCAGUGUGUGUCUAAUGCCAUGGAAAAGAAGUGCAGUUGCUUUGUGGGAUUUCGAUGUUUUGAAACUCAAUCGGAUCUCAUCGAAGUUCUUUCAUGCAGUUCAACAGACGGAGCAAGGGAGAAGAUUUGAGGAUGUGCUGAAGGCCAUGAACUUGGCGAGCUUGGUGACAAUGGCACAACGCGUUUUUGACCUCUUUGACGGCAACAAAGAUGGUUGCGUGGACAUGAGAGAGAUUAUCGUCGGCUUCUUCUCUGAAUAAGGCAACGGAGAUGAGGGUCUGAGACUCCGCUUUCAGCUGUAUGAUACCGAUCGCUCUGGCUUCAUCUCACGAGAGAACUAGCGUCCAUGCUACGGGUUUGUUAACCUACAGACCUUGAUUUCCUUUCUGAACACUUCCCUUGAUGGAGCUGCAAAUGUACUGCAACCUGUGUUCAACAUUCAGCUUCCGGCGUGGCUUUUACUUCUACAACGUCGAUGAAAGAACACGCUCCCUGCUUUUAAAGCCAUUCCUUCAAUUUUACGGGCAUUACCAGACGAACACUUGCUACCGGACGUUACAGAGGCAGGGAAGAAUAAUUUUGAAGAGUUCAAGGAGGCCAUAACAGAUAGCAACUUCCUGAAAGAUGCCUCUUUUCCACCUACAGCACUCUACUGAGUUUGUAGUCAGUCAGUCAGCCAGCCAGGAACGAUCAAAAGUUCGUCGUCACGAUGUGGCGUUUCCUGGUGCUUGUACACAAUGUUAUCUCGCUGUUAAUUUAAUAUCAAGCUCGGCUCGGUUGAUGAGAGGUUGUGAUGCAAUAAUAAGAGCUCACAGCCUUCACAUUGUAUUAGGAUUGUUCAGAAAAGGCUAAUGUGCAAGAUGACCCCGAGAGCACCUGGACCCCUUCUUGCUGACCUGCACCGUACGUACUUUCAGAGUUGAAUCCAUUUAUUCCAGUCAGAGACGAGGAAUUGGUACGGCUACUCUUCGCAAGCGGCACUUGAGCUGUUGCAAAAUUAGUUAGGGAACACAGGCACUAAGAAGUCUCUUGAUUGUCUCGGCAAAGAUGAAGGCUUGUGCACGAUGUAUGGGUGGAAUCAUGGUUACUUCUCGUAACCUGGAGCAGACAGAUUCAGAAAUUCAAGUCCAAAAGGACUUCAUCGUUGGUGCUCGUUUUAGCGUAGGUAGAAGGGAGGACCCUUUAGUUUUUUUAAAUCAGAAAUUCGACAGUGGCAAUCACUUUUAGUCAGCACCUGACUUAAAUGUCUCGGUGUCGCCCGAAUGUUUGUGAGAUUGUGGAUGGAAAUAAAUAGCUCUCCUACUGUCAGGUAACAUUCUUUCC